UUCGAGGUCGUUUAUGUGUUUGACGUCGCGAACUUUGACGUAGUUUUUCUUCUUUCCGUAGAUGUGUCCUCAACUGAGUAAAGUUUUACCUGAACACUCUGAACUUAAGCGUCUCCGUUCACAUGUUAGCCUAAUAACAUGUUUUACACUUUCAAUCUGUUCGGCCGCUUACAUGUACAAACUUCUGGACGAAGCAAUUGCGGAUUUUGAGACUGAACUUCCUAAAAAUGAUGACUUUAGAAGAGAUAUAAAUGAAAAACGACGUCCAAAAACUGUUUCACAACUAAGAGCUGUUUUGGAUCAACGUGGAGUGCUUUAUUCUUCCCUUGACUUCAGUGAUAUUGAGUUUGCAGUUAACUCGACCGGUCUCGUUACUUCGAGUGAACUUUCAAAUGCCAAAGCUGAGCAGUUGAAGUUUGCAAGCACGAAUUUCUCAAACUCCCCAGAUGCACUUCUGUACAAAAAACUAGUUAAUCCAGAUCAUCAGUCUGUGAAUUUGGAUUACGCGUCAUCUAAUUUCAAACCAAAUAGCAUUGUAUUCGACAGUGAAUCUGAAUUUAUUGAACAUGUUGAAGAUAAAAAGGAUAGUGUUUGGCUUUUAGCCGUAGCUUCUCCACAGUCUCUCUCUUCAUCAAUCGCGGGAGAUUAUACGAGCACAACUCCAUCCAGAAUAAAACCUUCAUCAGUUGUUACUGAGCAGAUUUGGUCUGUUUUAUGUUAUCGGUAUCAGUCCUUUGGAUUUAAGAUGGGUUUACUGAACUGUGGAAAACUACACAGCCUUUGUAUUGAUCGUGGCUUCAUUAAUCCUGACCUUAUUCUUGCCUUACCCAAAGGUGGUGAACGUAUGAAAGAUGUAGUACAAUUUCGACCUUUGCCUAAAGAUCCAGAAUCUACAGCAAUUAUCGAUCAUGAAUCAAGUAACUACAUCUUAGAAGGUAUUCACACGUGGAUUGUAUCAGUGUUAGCAGAACGUGUAAAACCACUGAAUAACAUAAACAGCAUUUAUCCAGUAAAUUCAAUAUUAUCGAUUGAUCGAUUGAUAAAAAUGGAUUAUUUAAAACAUUUAUUGUCAUUUUGGUUAUUGAAACGGCCUCAACCUAUCCAUGUUAUUUGGUUUCCUGAGUUCUCUGUCAAGUCGAAGUUAAGUCGCUCACAUCAACAACCACCAUUAGUUUUAAGUGCACUUUCUGUAACAUAUACUGGUCGAGUUCGCUUUUGGAUUGUAUCGAAUGAAACAUUGAAGCAGAAUCACACAGUAAUUAAUAAUAAGGUUAAUAAUUGGCCAAUUACAGCUUCAUCUAUCAACACAGUAUAUGACUUGUUAAUCAAUUUAAAUUGUACCAUUAAUUCUCAUUUUCUCAUAUUAACACCUGAAGGUAAAUGUUACUCGUUUGGUUUAAACGAAAGGGAAUAUUUAAGCUAUGAAAAUCUUGAAAUAUUGUUACAUUCUUUAUAUCCUUCGGCGGAUGAUUUUCUUUGGAUUGUUGUACUUUUAACUACAAUUUUAGUCUUAAUUAAUGGUGCUAUAGAAGCUGGUAGAAUUUUAUUGAUUCUUAUACAUUCAUUUUAUGUAAAUCAUGGUGUCGUGGGAAGGCAUCAUACUAGUACUGGUACCCGUCGGUCAGCUUUAGCUAGAACUGUGAUUAGACUAGCACGUCAAGGAUGGACAUCUCAUAUUCCUAAUUUCAAUCUUAAUCAACAUUAUGAAGUUAUUAAUAACAAUAAUAGACCACCUGAUAACUAUCGUUCAACUGAUGAAAAUCGAUUAAUUCGUGGUGAUCAACUGAACAGUUCAUCAUCAAUCAAUAUACAAUCGUUUAUAUUAUCUCACAUUUUAGAAUGGAUAAAAAUGUUUUUUCUAGACUUGUUUUCAGCUUAUAUUCUUCUUCUGUUAGCUAUUUUACCAUUAUUAAAUCUGUUAAGUUUAUCUUAUUCUCUACCUAUUAUUAAUUUAACUCUCUGUUUAUUAAGGUCAUUUGUCUUAUCCUCACCUAUAAUCAAUUUACGUCUUACUAUCCUAUCAGGUCAUUUAACCUGGUAUCAUUUAUUUUCAUUUAUGCUAACGUUUUGGUUGUUUAUUGUAUUUUUGUCAAGUUGUGUAAUGUCGAAAUAUGAGAGACAUAAUGAUCAAUUUACUAACAAUUCACAUUCUCGUCCUAAUCGACUGGAUCCUGUUUUAGUCCGAGAACGGUUAAAUCAAAUACCACCUGAUCAGUUAUGGGAUGAAUUGUCUCGUCUAAUCAUUCAAUCAGAUAUUGAGCUAAGAUCUGGUUCAGCAGAUUCUGCAACUUCAAGUACAUUAGAAUCUGAUAAUCGUUAUCCUCACUAUCAAACUUUCAAUAAUCAAUCGAAAUGUGCAAAUGAAAGUUUAUCAGCAAGUCUUAUUACAACACAAAGUAAUCAUAAAGAAAAUACAGAAGUCGUAGAAGGCUAUCGUUUAUUGCGUAGAUUACGCAGACUUUAUCAUAUUCUUAGUCAACAAACUGAUCAUUUAACAUCAACUUCGAUGAAUCCAAUUGCUUCGUUUUCAUCAGCAGAUGUAUAUCAUCAAGGGAAUAGAGAAAAUAAUGAAUCGUUAAACCAUAAAACUGCAGCACAUAUGUACACUUGGAACUGUUUAAGUUCACUUGGUAAUAGUAAUGCUAGACCUCAUACUAGUGUAAAUUCUAGUCAGUGUCAUUCUCAGACAAGAAAGUCGUUUAGUAUCACUAAGCAGCUCAUAAGUAAUGUGGAUACUAAUUAUGAAGCUGAAGAUGAAUGUGAAGAUACUACUAGUGAUGAUCGUAUUUACCCAAAAGUUUCAUCUUUUACAAGACGACGGUAUAGAACUCAUCUUCGUCCAAAUAUAAGAAGUAAUUACUUAUCGAAUCCAAUAAACGUAUCCCCAAGUUCAAGUUCUACCUCAGAUGUGGACGCUAUUAAUCAUGAGACAUGCUUGAAUAACGGUUUUCUUCAUUCUCGUAGAGUUUCUAAACGAAGUAAUUUACUGUCCAGUAAUUCUAUAUUGUCCACUUCUUCCUCUUCAUCAUAUGUGUCGUCCAAUGAUAUAAAUUUUGCGAAUCCUUUGAACGAUUGGCCAUCGUGGGUUGUGCCGUGUAAAGAAUGUGUUGUAUGUUGGCAGAAAUUCCGUUUGGGUGUACGCCUGAGUGCACUUCCAUGUGGACAUGGUUUUCAUGAACAUUGCAUUCGAAAGUGGUUAGAUACUGGUGCAUUUGAAUGUCCUGUAUGUCGGUGGCCAGCGUAUGCACCUCAUUUACGACAACAAUGUCAAAUGAUUGAACAGUUGAUUAGUGCCGUUCAAAAUACUAUCGAUUUUGCAAAAAAUUCUAAUAACAAGAAUUAGUAGUCGACAUUGUUCACUUCUAAAAGUAUAGUUGUAGAUAAUCACUCAACUAACUUUUUUAGCAGAAAUUGUUUAUCUUCGUAACGUUUACACUCCGGUUUAUUAUUUGUACAAAUUCUUUCUUUUUAAUAAAAUCCAAAAUAUGCUUUUCGUAAAAUACUCUUUUUCCUCAUAGAAUAAAUAUGCAUGUUUGCGCCACGAAGUUGACUUUUAUUAGAUGUUUUUUUCUAAGAAAUAUAUGUUGUGAUUAGAUAUAUUUUAGCCGUUGGUUGAUAGGCUAAAAGUUCCUUUAUAGUUUGAGUUCAUUCUGAGCCUACUCUUUAUUUCGGCUCAAACAGAUAGUUUCGUUCGCUAUCAAAAUUGACAUAGGAUACAAAGUACCAAAUAAAUUUAUUGGUUUCCAAGUGAUAUUUACCUUACUACCUGAUUAGAUAUUCUAAUUGGUUUAUAAAUAUCUGCGGGAGUACGUUUUAUCAUACCAGAUAUACUUGUUGUAAAGCGUUAUGACUAGAAGCAGCAAACGUGUCAUACUCAAUUGUUUUGACAUGUGAUGGUAGUUCGGUUUGUUCUAUAAAUAGACAGUCUCUCCAGCUGUUCUGCCUUCUCACAACAGAAGGGAGUUAGGAAAGAUCGGCUCUGGAAAUAGCACACUUGACCAUCCACGGGUUGUAAGGUCUGAAAAAUACUAAUGCAUCCAAUUAUAUUCACAUGAUAACGUAACAUCUAUCUUGUCACACUUCUAAUUUGAUAGGGCUACUACUUGCCCAAUUUCCUUCUCUGGUCCCUGAGAAAAAAGUCCCGCGAUGUGGAUAGCAGACGUUAAAAAACUAACAGUACUCGAUCUUUUUUCGUUUUGCGAUACAUUUUAAACAUUUAGCGUAAGGUUGAACUGUGGCCACUUAAUACACAUCCUCUAUCCUAAAUAUUUUCAUCAUUUAGAUGUAGUAGUCAAAACACUAUCACUAUGAUCUGUAAUAAAUAACACAAGAAAAUUCGUUGCUCAUUUCACUAGUAAAGUUUUCCUCAUACCGAUGUGAAUUUUUGGUAAUUUGGACUAGCAACUCGUUUUAUACUAGAUCUUAUGUUAUAGUUAAUUAUUAGUGAGGUGGACUAUCUUUCCAACCUACAAUUUGUAUGCUUUCACAGAUCAAUAGAUACUUAGUCUUUAUAACAUUUAACUUUUCGAUACAUCCAUACACUAAGCUAAUAAUUUUUCAACUAUGAGUUCAUUCACAAUGACUCAAAUUGAGUUUUGUCUUCUUUCCUGCUCGUCAACCAGGAAUGGACUUCCAAGUUUAUCUUUAAGAUUUAUUGAUGGAGACCCUAGGAGAUUACUAAUUAUUUUGAUAUAUUCAUUUAUAUACAUAUUUAAUUGUGGUGACUAAUAGUAAUUUGUCACAUUUAACGAACUUCACACAAGAUUAAUAUGAAUGAACAAUGUACUGAAAGAACUGAACGAAAAUCACGAGAGAUUAGUUUAAAAGUCAAGCGAACAGAAAUUACAUUGAGUUUUUUUUAACAUAAUUAAUGUUGCACUGAACUAAUACGAAAGUCAUGUGAAUGAAUGUUACCUUUAAAUUAGUACAUAAUCAUACCGAAUUUCUUUCUAGUAAAUUACAUUCAAGGAUUUAAUCUCCAACGAUUUUAGAGGAGAAACAAAUAUACGAUACAUUGAAUGCGUAUCGCCUUUACUUAUUUUGAAAUAAUAAUACUCUUUGUGGGCAUACAAUUGCAGAAUAUACUACCCACAGGUUCAACAAUCAAUCCUAUCGAUCAUUCUAACAAAGAUUUUAAGAUGUCCAUCGGAUUCCCAUAUAGUUUAAUCUGACGUGUCUAGUCUACUUCAAAAUCUAUGUGGUGUAAAGAAUUUUCACUUAUGAGCACUGAUCUUAAGUAUUAUUGUUUAUUUUGUGGAACAGACGUAAAAGAAUUACUAUUAUUUGAGUUGCUUAAAUGGUAUAACAUACGAAUUUCUGGUUUGGUACGAAGCGAUAACGAGUUAUUCCGAUUUGUAAAUUAUUUAUUAGACCUUAGGGAUCAAAAGCUCCAUUUCGAAUUAAGUGUUCACAUUCAGUUGAUGCCAUAAUUACAAUAUAAUCAGUGUACAUCUAUCUAUUGAGAUUGAAAUCUUUUUUCUCAAUAUAAUUCCUACCAGUCAACCAUAUCGGAAUAUAGUAGUUAAAAUUCGCCCAUUAUUAUAAAAAGAUCCUGAUUAUGUUUACCGUCUCAGUGUGUGUUUUCAAGAUACCUUUAUACGUUUUAAUCACUGGCAAGCAACCAUUGUCAUAUUUGUUUAGUCAUUUUCACAGGUUCAACGCUUUGCCUCCAAACAUGCAAAAUGUAAUUUUAUACUCAGAGACUCAACAAUAUUAACACAAUAUGGCUUGUUUUAAAUAAUUUUCUGCUAAUAAGAUUAAGAUGUAAUCAUAAGAGCUGUGAAUAUGUUUAUGCCACUACUUUCUAAAUAUGAACUACCUGACAUUAUGUAGUCUGUUCCACAUUGAUAAAACACUAUGAUUCC